UAUAUCUGGGAAGAGAACAAAGGGUGAUUUGAGAACUUGGCAGGCAGACUCAGAGGCACCAUGGAAGGGAACUUCACUGGGAAAGAUGUUUACGAUCAGCAUUUUGCCCCCAAAGAAUAUUUAAAAACAUACUAUUCCUUUAGUUCUGGCAGUUCUACAGAAAAGGACGUUUUAACUUUCACUUUGAGCAAACUUCACCAAGUCUUCAUUACAGAUGGCAUUAAAGGAGACACCCUGAUCGAUGUUGGAAGUGGGCCCACCAUCUACCAAUUCCUCUCUGCCUGUGAGUCCUUCCGAGAGAUCAUAGCCUCCGAUUAUACCGACCAGAACCGGGAGGAGAUGCAGCGAUGGCUGAGGAAGGAGCCGGAUGCUUUUGACUGGAGCCCAGUGGUGAAAUACGUGUGCGAGCUGGAGGGUGACAGGGAGAAGUGGAAGGAGAAGGAAGAGAAGGUCAGAAGGGCCAUCCGACGAACUCUAAAAUGUGAUGUGACCCAGGCCAACCUCUUCGCUCCACAGAUGGUGCCCCCGGCCACUUGUGUGACGACUUUGUACUGCCUGGAAACAGCUUGCAAAGAUCUGGCCACCUACCGCGCGGCCGUGAAGAACAUCGGCUCUCUUGUCAAGCCAGGGGGACACCUCCUCUUGCUGUCGGCUCUCCAGGAGACCUUCUUCAUGGUCGGCCAGCACUGGUUCUUCUGCCUCUACCUAGAGCCGGAAAUUGUCGCUGAUGCCGUGAGAGAGGCAGGUUUUGAUAUUGUGUGGUCCGAGAUGACCAAAGCACACUUUACUUUGUCUAUUGCUGAUAAUCAUGGCGGAAUAUAUGCAGUGUUUGCCAAGAAGCGCAGUCAAGCAUAGUGAUAGUCAGAAGUGAAGAGAAGCCAGCUCAUCAAAGGAAAACUAGAAAGAGGAGACUCUUUUUCCCAGCUCCCAUGUAGUGAUACUUGCACAAAUAAGGCCCAUAGACCAACGGCAGCCCUUUCUUUUCUACCCCCUUCCAGGAAUUCCAGAUGCCUAUUAUUAGUGGCCCAUUGCCUCCUCUGCAUGGGAACAUCUGUGUCCUACAGAGCCCAGUAGGAAACACAAUGUCUAAGGUACGCUAGGAGAUAUAGAUACAUAGAUAGAAACAUCUCACCUGAGGCUUUCAUUCAUCUGAAAUACUAAAACCAACCUGGGGCCCACCAACAACUCCCAACAUCCCCAGCCCAGUACAUGGUAGGUGUUUUAGUUCAGCAACAUCUGGAGGACCCCAAGUUGGGAACCCCUGUACUAAAACAAGAACAGCCAAUGCAAUCCGUGAGUUCCUUCCAAAUGGCAUUCUGGAUUUCUGAAUGGCUGUUGGGCAUUUCCAUAUACCUCGACUCCAGUCAAGGUAUUUUGCCACAAUUAAUUAGUUAGACUUGAAGGUGCCGCAAGGACCUUUGUCAUUUCCUAAACAGAAAAGCCUUCAUUUCUUCCAAUGGCUUCUCCCCUGGAAUCCAUCUAUGAGAUUGAAAGUAUAUUGAAAAGACUGUCACUGUUUCUUUAGAAUUACCUACAGCCAGCACGCUAUUUCUCGGCACAAGUUACAUUUAUUCCCACCCAGCACAUCAUUGCAUUCCCUGCUAGCUCUGUGAACGCCGGACUGUAUGGUCUGCAUAGAGGACAGAUAUUGCUUGCUCCAAAAAUAAGGCUGCUUCUUGUCCUAUACAGUAGUAAAACUGGCAGCUUGUAGCAGAUGGUAUCUUACACUCUGUUACUAUUUAUUGUUGCCAAUAUUAAGCAGCCAGUUAUCACUAGAUCCCACAGUAUAUCUGCUUAGGUAGACAUAUUAAUUUUGCACCAAAUGUUGCUCCUAAAAAAAUGCAAAAUUUACUAGCAGGUCUGAGUAAUGGAAGUCCUCCUUCCAGACAGAAGCAGCUCCACAGAGUGGGAGUUAAUCCUCUUAUUAGUGAAAUUAAUGGCUUAUCAACAUUCUAAAGAAAAGCUCUUAGCAUUGGGUAGUACAGUUUGCUUCCCUGCAGUAAUACAUAGAAUGAAUCAGCUCUUUUCAAUGGAUAACCAUGCAGUAUGGUGAGAUUCUGUUUAAGGGACUGGAUUAUUGCUUUGUUCUCGCAUAUAUGAAGCACCUUUCUCUUUUGGAACUUGUAAACAUUUUCUUACAUUAUGAACUGUGUUUGUGAUCUGCAAUAUGAGCAAAAAUUGAAUCAAAAGGAUGCAGAAACUGGGCAAUCCUCAGAGGGUGGUAUCGAUCACCAUUUAUAUUCAGCUUAUAUUCAUAUAUUCCAAUGAAGAUAUUCAGGAUAUAUUCAUUUUGCCCCACAGCUGCUUCAUGAAUCAAACACUGAAAUAAAAUCAGUAAAACGGCA